AUGGCUUCUGAGGUAAAGAUGAAUGACAUCAAGUUUCCCAAGAACUUUGUCCUAUCUCGGGACAAUAUGCAUGCAAUUUUCGACGCUUUUGGGGCUGGGCGUUCGGUAACUGAGAUUGCUGCGGAGGUGGUUCAAGCUGCUUCCUCCAAGAAAGUUAGUCGACCUCCCGCCAAAGCUCCUUCUCGAGCUUCAAAGCCGAGCUCCCGCAGCACCAAGCCAUCUAGCCGUGGUGGGUUGAGCUCAACUCUUAGGCCUGCUGAAGGGUCUAGGUCUGCCCCAGCCUCCUCAGAGGGCGUGAGAGGAACUUCUCUUCCUAUUGUGGAGCAGACCCCUAUUGUUGAACAAGUGGAGCAGGGUAUUACCCAUUCUCCUGGAGGGGUGUCAGGGGGAAAAUCUAAGUCCCCUGUUACUAAAGACAAGGAGGCCUCUGGGACAGGGCUGGAGAUCGUCCUUAUAGAGAACCCAAUUCCAGAGGUUUCUACCCAGGAUGCCUCUGCCCCUGUGAGGACUGAACCUGAGGGUUCUGAGGGCAUUCCAUCAAAGACCGGGAACAAGCGCCCAUCCCCUCCUAGAACAUCUGCCCCAUCUCCUGCUCGGAAGAAAUCCAGGGCUGCCGCAGGAGCUUCUCCAGCUCUUCCUUCCAUUGGGAAGGGGAAAAGUGUUGCUGCCGAGUCUCCGUUGUCUUCCUCUGACAACUCUCUGAACGCGUCAGACAUUACCUCCGAGUCUCCGACCAGUGCUGUCGCCGAAUUUCUUAAGGAGCGAUCUGCUCGGGAGCAAAUCCAGUCCCUCCAGGUGAAGUUGCACUCUGCGCUGGAGGCCCUUAAAAAGGCUGAUGAGAAGGCGGCUGAGACAGCAAAGCAUACCGAGUCUUUAGAAGCAGAGCUGUCUCAGACUCGUAAGGUUCUCAAAGUGUCUGAUGAGAGGGCAGCUGCGAUGGAGGUUCGUUGUGAAGAAGUUUUGAAGCAGCUGUCCUCUAUGACACAGGCUCUUCAAGAGAGAAAUGAGGCUGUGAGCCAGAAAGCUGAGGUCCAGCGUCAAUGUGAUGCUUUAAAGGCCGAUUUUGAAGGACUUCAGGCUCAUCUGAAUGAAGUGAAAGCUCAGAAGGAAAAGGCCCUAGCUCGGAUGGAGGAUCAUUUCCCUAUGCCCCGAGGAGAUUGCCGGAGGAACAUAUGCCGGCCAGCUGAGUCUUCUUCGGAAGAGUCCGAGCUAGAGGGGGAGGACGUGGAAGUCCUUGAGUCAGGGAAGGAUGACCCUAACUCUGAGAAGGAGGAUCUCCACUUUGAGUCAGAGAUAGCUCCUGUUGUAAACGUUGAGGGCUCUGAUCCAAGGGAUUCCGAGCUUCCUUCAGAUGUGACUGCAAGUAGAAAUAAUGUAGGCGAGGGUGUUCUUACUGAUUUUCGUGUUUUUGCAGCUUCUGUCGUUGAAAUGGAAGAGAUCAGGCAUCCGAAGAAUUUAGUCCUGUCUCGGGAUAAUAUGCAUGCAAUUUUUGAUGCCCUUCGGGCUAGGCAUUCUGUGCCUGAGAUCGCUACAGAGGUGGCUCAAGUUGCUUCUUCCAAGAAAGUUAGCCGACCUCCUACCAAGGCUUCCUCUCGAGAUCCUAAGCUGAGCUCUCGAGGCUCUAAGUCAUCUCGGCCCUCUAGUCGCGGCAGGUCGGCCUUGACUAUUAAGCCUAUUGAGGAGUCUAAGUCUGCUCAAGGUUCUUCAGAAGGUAUGAGGGAAGUUUCUCUAGCCAUUGUGGAGCAGACUGGGGUCGUUGAACAGGCACAGUUGGGUCUUGCUCGUUCUUCUGAAGAGGUGUCAGGGGGAAAAUUUAAGUCCCCCAUUACCGAGGAUGAGGAGGCCUCUGGGAAGGGAAAAGAGAUCGUCCUUGUGGAGGAUGACAUUUUGGAGGCGCCUGCCAAAGAUGCCCCUGCCCCUGUGGGGGUCAGGUCUGAGUCUGGAGACUCCGUAGGGAAAAUCGGGGACAAGCGUCCAGCGCCUCAUGGAACACCUGCCCCUCCUCCUGCCCAGAAGAAGCCCAGGGUUUCCAAAGGAUCUUCUCCUGCCCUUCCUCCUAUUGGGAAGGGAAAAAAUGUUCCUGUUGUACCUUUAUUGUCUUCUACUGACGACACUCUGAACGUAGUGGACAUCACUUCUCAAUCUCCGGCCAAUGCCGUCGCCGAAUUUCUUAGAGAACGGAUGUUCGGCGGAGCUACAGAUGCCUCGGAUCCACGCCUGCUUUCCCUUACUGGUUUUUUAGCCAGUUCUACAAGGAGCAAGCGUCCUUCCGAUCCCGAUCUCGUGACGGGUCUUUUUAUGGAGGUGGACGCUCGCGACCACUCCCUCCGAGAGUCCGUGGAUCGCCGGAUUGAAGAGGCGCGCCUGGAGGAGAAUAUAUCUGCCACCAAUGAUGCCAGAGGCAAUCUUCUAGCUGCCCGGGAACAUUUCCAGGUUCUCCAGGAGUCUGAUGAGAGGACAGCUGAGGUGGAAGUUCGUUGUGUAGAAGUUUUAAAGCAGCUGUCCUCUAUGACAGCGGCUCUUCAGGAAAGAGAUGAGGCUAUAAUUCGAAGGGAUGAAGUCCAGUGCCAAUAUGAAGCCUUAAAGGCUGAUUCUGAAGGACUUCAAGUUCGCCUGAACGAGGUGAAUGCUCAGAAGGAGAGGGCCUUAGCUCGGGUGGAAGUCCUUGAGCAGGAGCUGAGCACGAGCUCUGAACGUAUCAGAGUCCUGGCUUCAUCAGCGGAGGAGUCCCAACUUCGCCAUCAACAGCUUAACCAUGAAGUCAAGACUUUGGAACGUAAAUGUUCAGCCCUGCUUAAGGUGGUGAAACAUGCUGAAGCUGAGGCCUGUGAAACGCAUCUUGACGAAUAUCUAGCCUCUGCAGACAUGAAAGCUGCUGUUCUUCAGAAAGCCUUCCGCAUGUAUGUAACUGGUUACAAUCGUGGUAUAAGAGAGGCUAGGCAUGCUCCUGAUACUCCUCUGGCAAAGCUUCGUAUGGCUGAAGUGGACUCUGAUGGUGAGCCGGUGUUGUAUGGAGAAGAUGAUUUCCCUAUGCCUAGAGGGGACUGUCGUAUUGGAGGUCCGUCGGCUGUAUCUUCUGAAGAAGAAUCCGAGUCAGAUGGGGAGGACCUGGGAGCCCUUGAGUUUGAAGGAGGCGACCCCAAAUCUGGAGGGGAGGACCUCAAUCCAGGGUUGGAGAUUGCCCCUGUUGUUGAUACUAAGACAUCUGACCCAAAGGAUGCCGGGCUUCCUCCAGAUACAGUUGUAAAUAAACAUAAUGUAGGCGAGGAUGUUCUUACAAAUGUAAGUCCCUUAAGGACUAUCUUUCCUUCAACCUCGUCCGAUAAGUAG